UCCGGGCCGGACCAAUCGCGCGGGCUCGGACGUGUCCCGGUGGGCCGGGACCGGCGCGCGGCCGCCUGGCUGCGCCGGGCCGAGGGCGCGGGGAGGGCGCGGCGCGGCUCGCUGGGCCUGCGCCCCGGAGUUGCCAGCCUUGCUGCGGGGACCCCGGCGCGCCCCGCCACGCGGCCCGAUGACUGAGCUACAGCCGGAGCUGGACGACGCGAAGCCGCCCAAAGGGCUCGGGAAGAGGGACAGCAGAGGUGGCUCAGCCCAUUCAGAGGCUGAGAAUGGGGUGGAGGACAAAAAGAAGAUCUGCAAGUCGCCAACAGCUCUGUCCCCGACUUCAUCCUUGGAGGCUGAGUCCCCAGAUUCAAAGAGGAGCAUUUGCCUGCGGUCAAAAUCCAGUUUUGAUGGUGCCACAAUACCAGGUGAUAAAAAUGAGUGUAAGACAGAAAGUAAAAAUGACUCUAAGACUGAAAGGAAAAAGUCUUCAUCUUCCAGCCAGUUCAAGGCCAACAUGCACUUUCACAAGUUGUUUCUUGAUGUCCCAACUGAAGAGCCACUGAGACAAAGCUUUACCUGUGCCUUACAGAAAGAAAUACUAUACCAAGGAAAGCUCUUUGUAUCAGAAAACUGGAUUUGCUUUCAUUCCAAGGUCUUUGGAAAAGACACUAAGAUCACUAUUCCAGCUUUCUCAGUAACCUUAAUAAAGAAAACCAAAACUGCGCUUCUGGUGCCAAAUGCCCUGAUCAUAGCGACAGUCACAGACAGGUACAUAUUUGUUUCCUUACUGUCCAGAGAUUCAACAUACAAAUUGCUAAAGUCUGUGUGUGGACACUUAGAAAAUACAAGUGUUGGUAACAGUCCCAAUCCAUCUUCUCCUGAAAACAGUUUCCGGGCAGACCGCCCUUCGUCUUUGCCUCUGGAUUUCAAUGAUGAAUUCUCAGAUCUGGAUGGAGACAGAAUACAAGACAGAAUACAAGACAUGGAAGGAUACAGCAGUUCUGGUUCUCACACUCCUGAAUCGGAGAACUCUCGAGUAGACUUCCAUGUGACAGAAUCUCAAACAGUUCUGAAUGUCACCAAGGGGGAAGCAAAACCACCUCGGGCGGAUGCCCAUUUGAGCAGAGCGCCUGAUGGAAAAACCAAGAGCCUCCCUGCCCAUGGUCAGUCAGAAACUAUUGGAAUCUUGCAUAAAGACAAGUCUAAGAAAUGUCCAACUCUCCACCAUAUUCUUAUGUUCUAUGCAGUUGUAGUCUGUGCACUUAUCAUCUCAACCUUCUACAUGAGAUACAGAAUUAAUACUCUGGAGGAGAGGCUGGGGUUGAUGACCUCCAUUGUGGAUACCCACAGUACUGAACAGACAGCACCAUCUGGCCUGGGAUCACAAGUACAAUUAAAUGUGGAAGUCCUCUGCCAAGAGCUUACAGCUAACAUAGUGAAAUUAGAAAAGAUACAAAACAACUUACAAAAGCUGCUUGAGAAUGGCGACUGACCCACCAGAUCGCUGGGGCCAACCUAAUACCUCAGUUUCCCUUGAUGAAGGUGCUCCCGAGGCAUUCCUGUUGCGCGCCCCCUGCUGGUCAGAGGCGGGAGCGGGUGAGAGUGCAGAUGUGAUGGCACUUGGAGGUCCCCAACUCAGGAAGGGGGGAAGGGGAGUCACUUUGCUUCUCGUGCAAUAAAAGUUGACCCGUCUCUCUGAGGAAGAUUUUGCUGCUGCUGCCUAAAGAAAACAGAGCCAUCUCGGGAGGUCACAGGAGGGGCCUGGAGGACACUGGAAUGCCUGCGGUUGGUGUCAAGAUAGUCAGUAAACACUCCACGAUGUCUUCUCGGUCCUUCUCGCCUUCUGUUUGCUUCCUUAGACCCCCAGUAACUAGCCUUCAAACUAAAGGAUAUGUCAGAUACCAACAAACUCAAUAUGGUCCUUUCAAGAAUUGGCCAAGAGUCUCCCCAAAACGCAAUGGGUGUCACUAAAUGACCAGGCUUCCUUCAAACAAACAGCACCCACAUUUUGUUUAUCUCUUUCUUUUUGUCCUUCUACUGCUAUGUUCUGAUUUAAAUCAUCUAUGUAUCUUAUCUUCUCAGUUCAGUUUUGGUAAGAAUGUUAGGCAAAGUGGAUUGGACUAUCCUACUGACGUUCUGCUCUGUUUCAUUCCUGUAACUAAUAUUUAAUUGGAGUGAUUUUCACCCACCUCAGGUAAAGAAUCUGUGAGGCGUGAGACUGAAAUACUAAAUGAAACUGAUUUUAAAACCAAAACUAAUCUUUAAACCAAAAGUUGUCAUAGUGAUCUGAUACAGGAUGAUAAGCACUGACUGUGUUCACAGUUUUGAAACACGAUCAGUCACUGUAUGGGAGGUUGAAACCCAUUUCAGCAAGACCAUUGUAUGUCUUUCUCUUUUGCUGACUAAAAUAAAGAAAUAACUGGUGGUUUGCUAACUUUAUUUACCAUAUGGGUUGGCCUGUUUUUAUUAAUAAUUACUUAGGGUACUGUAAGAUCUGUAAUGUAAAAUACAUUCUGUUUCUAUCUGCAAUGCAUUUUAUAAUCAUUUCUAUGAAAUGUAUUUUGUUUAAUCAGAUAAGCUAAUAAGUGAAUUGGUUACAUCGUUUGUAUGUGUUAGCCUACUGGACAACAACUGUGCCUGGUGCACCACUGGCUUUUAAUAAAUACUCAUUGGUUAAAACACCCUGCUAACACUGUGUUUUUGUCACUUUGUAAGUUCUUUUAACUAAGACUCACUGUGCUUUUUAACACUUUCACCUCAAGUCUAUUACUUCCAACUUCAUACCUCUUUUAAGAAUUUAUUUCAAAAUUCAAAAUUGAUUUAAGUUCUUGGGUUACAGUGGUAUUAGGGAA